AUGCCACAGAACUCUGAAUCCAAACAUUUUUCUAUUUUUCUGCAGUCUCGAAAUUUUUUCUACUCAAUCUGCCCACUGAUAAAACGCCGCAGUAUCAUUCCACCCUGUUCUCUCGUCUCUUCCGUGUGGCGUGAUGUGUACCCCUCUCGUUUUCUCACUCUUCCGACACGAAUAUCGUGAGAAUAUUGGGCGCUACAACGAAGUAGAACUCGCACGGAACGGAACUGUUACAAUUUGGAACUCGCAGUUAUAUUUUAACGUUGCGAGUUCCAAAUCGUAACAGUUCCAUUCCGUGCGAGUUCUACUUCGUUGUAGCGCCCAAUAUUGACGUUUUUGCAGGGAAGAAAUGAGUGUUAAACUCUACCUCGUCACCUACAACGUUCUUCAAAUCUUGGGGUACGUUUCAAAAAGUUCUGCUUUAAUUGUGACCCACAAAAGUUUUCAGAUGGUCCGCUGUGCUCGUCAAGACUGUCCUCGGUCUUGUCAACGGCCUCACGUGGCCUCAGCUUUACGAGUCGGUCGAGUUUGAGCUCAAGAUCUUCCAAACUGCCGCCAUUCUCGAGGUAUUGAAGAAUAUUCGGGUCUUCUCUCAUUUUUCGAUCUUCAGGUUAUCCACGCCGUUGUCGGUCUCGUCCGUUCUCCAGUCGGCACCACCGCUAUGCAGGUUACUUCCCGGGUCGUUCUCGUCUGGCCAAUCCUCCAUUUGUGCUCUACUGUGAGUUUCUUACUUGCAUUAAAUUGCAUUAAUAGUUUUUUAAGGCCCGGUACAGCAUCGGAGUCCCACUUCUUCUCGUUGCGUGGUCCGUGACCGAGGUCAUCCGGUACUCGUUCUAUGCCCUAAGCGUGCUCAAGCAGCCGAUCCCGUACUUCCUUCUAUACCUUAGGUACAUUUGCACUAUUUUCCAUGACUUAUUCCUGUGUUGUUUCCAGAUACACUCUUUUCUACGUACUCUACCCAAUGGGAGUCUCCGGAGAACUGUUGACGCUAUUCGCUUCCUUGAAGGAGGUCGAUGAAAAGAAGAUCCUGACGCUCGAGAUGCCAAACCGUCUCAACAUGGGAAUCUCGUUCUGGUGGGUGCUCAUCAUUGCCGCGCUCACCUACAUCCCCGGAUUCCCACAACUCUACUUCUACAUGAUCGGCCAGAGAAAGAAGGUUCUCGGCGGUGGAAACAAAAAGAAGGAGUAA